AUGUUGGAAAUUAUCAAUUUACAAGAUUUGAUGGAUUACGGUGAAAAAUUCUUAAGUAAGUACUUCUUACUAUUACCCAAUGAUAUCAUAAUUGAAAUUAUUAAAGGUUUACCGCCUAAAGCUAUUGAGUUCUUUAUGAAUUCAAAUUUAUUUGAACCACCUGUUUAUGAUGAAUUCAUAGGUUGUAUCCAAAUAUUAAGAUGCGGUGAUCAAAAUGCAUAUGUGAGUGCAAAAGUGAAUAACACAUGGAUUCUUUUGGAUCAUAUCUCUGAUAAUUAUCUGCCUAGAGUUGUUAAUAUUGAGGGAACAACUCAUGAUGUAUCAAAAUAUAUCAUUGAUAAUUUCGAUUAUUUCAAAUUGUUAAACGAUAUUAGACUUGUUUUGACUGUUGAUUUAAAGGAUCCACCAAACAUCACAAUAUCUAAGAAACUUACUCAACUUUCAAAUUUAACACUGGUAACCAUUAAGUUUUAUUUACUCGAGGAUUUACAAUAUAUCUCACCAACGUUUUCUAACUGUAACGAUCUACAAAAGUUUUCCCAAACUUUAGGUAAACCACAAAAUUUAAAUCAUAUAUGUGAAAAUUUACCUUUAUCAAUCUACGGCUUGAAGUUUUCGAAAGUGUUCCAAUUAACUAAAUUUAACCAUUUCACCAAUUUGAAGUCUUUACAUAUUAACUUGGAAUCAUUCACUUCUCUAGUGACUUUUCCAAGCACUUUAGAAGAUGUAUCCUUCAUAAGAUGCAACUUUUAUCAUGAUGAUGCAAGAAUACCUCAUUGGCCAGCGGGUCUAAAAACUAUCCAUAUUGAAGAAUGUUCAAAUAUUUCAUGGAAACAAAAUGUUAGCAUAUACGAAUGGCCAGUUAAUUUACAAAAGUUAAUUAUAAUCAAGAGUGGGUUGGAAAAAUUACCGGUGGGUGCUUUACCUUCUUGCUUAGUACAUCUUGAAAUAAAUGAGAUGGGUGGAAAAAGAGUCGUUUUGUCAGAUUCACUGAACCUACAGAUAGAGUUCCCUGAAUCGUUAACCACUUUAAAACUUGAAAAUGUUAUACUUUAUAAUGAAGGAUUCGUUCAAUUUCCUCCAAAACUAAUACACUUGACUGUUUCCCGAAGUGUAUUUUCCUUGUGUUACAGUAUAUUCCCUCCGACAUUAGAGUAUUUAAAAUUGGAUUCUGAUGGUAUAAUUGAUUUAGCCAUUUAUGAAAAUGAGAAAAUGAAUAAAGAUUGGUAUCAAUUAAUCAACUUGAAACAAUUGAUAUUGUCCAACAAUUCUAUUGGCUAUAAUGGAAUAGAAGGAUGGUUGCCACCUCCUAAUGUUCAGUAUUUAGAUUUAAGUUACAAUGGAAUACGUCAGUUGAGUAUUAAUUUGUUUAAACCAAUUGCAAAACACUAUACCAAGGAACUAGAACACAUUGAUAUAAGUCAUUGUGACAUUGGUUCUUUACUGAGAGAUUUUUAUUUACCUGAUAAUAUUAAAUCUAUCUAUGUCAAAUGUCAGUGUGCUGAUUUUAAUAACUUACAGAAGAAGAUAGAUAAUUUAAUUUACUCUCAAAGAAAGGCUAACUUAAGAGUAUAA